AUGACGCUCAAAACCCAAGCCUCGAGCGAUGCGAAAACAUGGGCGCAGGAGAAGUUGUCGCAGAUGACCUUGGAAGAGAAGGUCCUCCUGCUCUGCGGACAAGAUCUUUGGAGAACAAAUCCAAUUCCUCGUCUCGGUGUGUCCAGAAUCAAGACUUCAGAUGGACCAGUAGGCGUCCGUGGUGGCAUUUUCACAGAUGGAGUGAGCGCAGCUUCGCUACCAACAGGUGUAUCUUUGGCUUCGACAUGGGAUAAGAAGGUGAUGAGAGAUGUCUGUCAAGUGUUGAUCUCCGAAGCGAAGAGCAAGGAAGUCGACGUGCUUCUUGGGCCUACAGUCUGCAUUCCCAGAACUCCCCUCGGCGGUCGCAAUUUCGAAGCCUAUAGCGAAGAUCCUUUUCUGACGGGAAAGCUUGCGGCAGAGUUCAUCAACUCGAUCCAAGGUGCAGGCAUUGGAGCUUGCAUCAAACACUUUGUGGCCAAUGAUCAAGAAACACGCCGCUUUUUUAUCGACGAAAAGAUCCCCGAUCGAGCCUUGCGCGAAAUCGCCCUUCAGCCUUUUCAGAUUGCUAUUCGGGAUAGCAACCCGUGGACGCUGAUGACAGCGUAUAACAAGGUGAACGGGGUCUUUUGCUCGGCACAUGACUUCCUACUGCAGGAAGUUCUCAGGAACGAGUGGCAAUGGGAUGGUCUGGCUAUGAGUGAUUGGUUCGGCACAAAUAGUGUAGUUCCUUCACUGAAGGCUGGACUGGAUCUUGAAAUGCCUGGUCCGAUCAGGAGGAGAGGCCAACAUCUAAUUGAGGCUCAUAACCAAGGUCUCGUUGACUUGGCUUACAUUGAUACAUCGGCAUCAAGGGUGUUGGAGCUACUUCAUAAGACGGGGAAGAGUGUUGUGCCUGACUGGCAAGAAGGUCAGGAGAAAGCCGAUGACCUCCCUGAGCAUCGCGCAAUUUUGCGUCGGGCAGGUGGUGAAGGAAUCGUCUUGCUAAAGAAUUCGGCUAAUACCCUCCCUCUUUCUGACUUGAACGGGAAGACGAUUGCAGUGCUCGGUCCCAACGCCAAUCGGUCGGUUUCAACAGGUGGUGGUAGCUCAAACCUUGCGCCUCACUAUCUAACAACUCCAUACGACUCGUUAAAGACAGAAGUCACCUCCAAGUUCCCUACUGCCAAGGUACAAACACACGCUGGUAUUUUGAACCAUCGUUAUCUGCCACUUGUUGACCCAGCCAUCAUGCAAAACCCCGAGUCGGGAAGCAGUGGCUUCGUUCUAUCAUUAUGGAGAAACAUGACACACGAAGGCCAACCGUUCAUGGUUGAGAAUCGUCCGAGCUCGAAUCUGGUCUGCUACGACGGACUUCCGCCUGAGUUGACCACUGGGGAGAGAUACUCAUACAGAGGCCGAACAACCAUCACGCCCAAAACAAGCGGGUUGCAUGAAUUCUCACUUUCGAGCUGUGGGCCUGGAAAGCUCGUUUUAGAUGGAGAAGUCCUCAUUGAAAUUGACCGACACUGGUGGUCUCCUAAAUCGGCUCUUUUCAUGAGUUACGGAUCUCCAGAGGAGCGAGUUCAAGUUCAAAUGGAGGCUGGACGCAAAUAUGAUCUGUUACUUGAGUCUGUUAGCCGUGAGCCUAAGCCAUACGACCUUGACUAUAUGUCUGCCGAGCUCGAGCGAGAGGAGGUUCAAGAUGGAGGCCGAAUCGGCUUCCUGGAGAAUCCCGGCAAUCUUGAUGCAUUCUUCCAAGAGGCGAUUGAUAUGGCUUGUGAAAGUGAUAUCGCCGUUGUCGUUGUCGGUAAAGACCACGAGUGGGAGACCGAGACAAGUGAUAUGGUCUCUAUGGACUUACCCGGACGAUCGAACGAGUUCAUUGCAGCCGUCGCUAAAGCCAACCCGAACACUAUUGUUGUCAACCAAACGGGUAGCCCAAUCACUAUGCCCUGGAUUGAUGAUGUUUCAACUAUUAUUCAAGCGUGGUAUCAGGGACAGGAGCAGGGAAACUGUCUCGCAGACGUACUCCUGGGAGCCGUUAACCCAAGCGGCAAGCUGCCGAUUACCUUCCCGCGGCGCAUUGAAGACACCGCUUCAUUUGACAACUAUCCCGGAGAGAACGAUAUAGUCCAUUACGGCGAGGGCAUCUUCGCGGGCUACCGAUAUCUCGACCACCGCAAGAUCAAGCCUCUGUUUCCCUUCGGGUUUGGUCUGUCCUAUACCACAUUUGAGUAUAGCAAUAUCCGCCUAAGCAGUGAGCAGUUCUCCGGGGAUGGACAGAUCGAGGUGGAAGUGGAUGUGACCAACACUGGAUCGCGGGAAGGAAAGGAAGCAGUGCAAUUUUAUAUCAGCCAGGUCAACCCCAGGCUGAGCAGACCCCCUAGGGAACUCAAGGGCUGGGACAAGGUCUUCGUGCGCCCUGGCGAGACCGUCACCGCUCGUGCAGUCCUUGACAAGGUCAGUGUGUCCUAUUGGGACGACGGCCUGGAUAGGUGGGUUAUCGAGGGAAAUGCCGAGUUCCACGUUAUUGCCGCUCAAAACUCAAGAGAUGACGGGAUGGCGGCCACAUUCCACUCUGGGGAAGAGUAUCAAUGGGUAAACUAG